GGAGAGAGUCGCUGCCGUCUGUCGGCCAUUUUCGCGACACACAGUAAAUGGUAGCAAAGCGUUAAAGAGGUAUAUCGAGUAUCAUCCGUACGCUAUUGAUCGUCCGAAGAAAUUUUUCGAAUCUUGAGCGCUAGCUCGAGCUACUUUUCCAUUUUAGUAGUACGCAGAUUUGACAAGAAAAAUGAAUGUGUGGACUGGUUGGCCUAACAGCGUAUUCGAUGAGAUUGAUCAGAUGAUGCCCCAGUUUGGCUUCUCCUUUGCACGUGGCUUGCUAGAACCUUUGCAUCAUCCAAUGAUGCAGCCACGGAUAGGUGCAAUGCAACCAUUCUUCUUUAGAGAUAUGAAUUUCGAUUUUGCCGUGCCAACAAUGACCAACAAUUCUCAUUCAUUCAUGCGCCAAUCUGUAGUAUCUAUGUCGAGUGGUCCAGAUGGACGUCCAGAAAUUUAUGAGGAGACUAUGUCCACAACAACAGCACCAGGUGGUAUAAAAGAGACCAAAAAGACAGUGAGGGAUUCUCGUACUGGAACUAAAAAAAUGGCUAUUGGUCAUCACAUUGGUGAUAGAGCGCAUAUUCUUGAAAGAGAGCACAAUGUAAGAAGCGGAGAAUCAGAAGAACGACAGGAGUUUAUCAAUCUUGAUGAAGAUGAAGCCGAGAGUUUCAAUCGCGAAUGGCAGACACGUACACGAAGUACUGCUGCAAUUGGUACUUCAAACCCAAAUGUCAAUAUGACCCAAGUAGACCGAAGGCCAUUGGCUCUACCGUCUACCUCAGAACCAUCAACAAGGGAAACUACAAAAGCUGCAGAAUCUCCGAAAAGAAAAGGGAAAGGAAAGGCUAAAAGUUCAAGUACGGAAGUACCUUCCAUGUCUGAAUCCCGAAAGCGCGAAGCAUCAGAGGAACCGUCAGUAGUCUAUAUCCCUAGUAAAAAAACCAAGUAGAUAAGUCGCGCAGUGUCCAGUAGUGGUGAUUAGAAUAUCUCGAAUUACUAACUGCAAUAUAUCUAAUUUCGCCUCUAUUAUAGAUCUUAUCUAACUAAGUGUACUUUAAAUUCUCUUCAUCUUAUACAUACGAUUAUAUAUUUACAUAAUCAUUAAUAUGUUCUCUACAAAAAAAAAUUGUUAUCUUUUUCUGAAUUAUUUUCACAUUGGUAAGAAAAUAUCGUUACAUGCACUGACUCACACAUACAUACACACAUACACGUGUGAUCAUUUAAUAUAUAUAUAAAUAUAUAUAUAUAUAUAUACACAAUUAAAACUGAUACGGUAAAAUUCUUCAAGUAACGCGGUAAAUAUUGUUAUAUUUUAUAUAUAAAUACUUAUUUAAAUAUAUUUAUCUGUAGAUUUUAAUUUCAGUUAUACAUAUAUAUAUAUUAUAUAUCCCACAAGAUAUUUAAAAAUAUAAAAGUAAAUUUCUAAAAUAGCGACGCAAAUUUUUACCAUUAAUCAAAGCGAACUGCAUUAAUUUAUUUUGUUUUCGUUCAAAUACAUCUUAUUUUCUAUAAUGUUAUACGAGAUACAACAGUUAUAACAAAGAGGUAUAAUUCUCUAUGAAACGAUGUAACGUUACUGAACAUCUAUAAGUGGACAUUUCGUUGAACAAUUUCUGCAGUGUCAAGUAGCAAAUUGUAUGCAUAAAAUUGAUAUAAAACAUGUACUCUGAGAGAAACUUUAAGAACUUAUAUAAUCACAGAAUUGUAUUAUAUCCACUUACGUCGAUUUAUGUUAGUUUCCAAUAUCGUAUAACAAUACUGAGAAGUUUAAUGUAUAUAAAGGCAAUAAACAAUUAAUGGUUUCAAAAGUA